GCCUUCACCCCCGGCCCUGCUCCUUUCCGGCCUCCAGAGUCUCUGAAGGACCUGGUCUCAGCCUGCGGCAGCGGAGGGAACACAGACGUGCCCAUGGAGGGCAUGAAGCCUGAGCUGGUGGACACGCUGAGCCCGCCCCCGUCGGACGCCGGUUCGCCGUCCCAGAGCAGCCCCUUGUCCCUUGGAGGCAGGGCUAGCGGUGGCAGCGGCAGUGACUCGGAGCCCGACAGCCCGGUCUUUGAGGACAGCCAGGUGAAGCCCGAGCAGCUGCUGUCCCCCCGCAGCCGGGGCAUGCUGGACCGCUCCCGCCUGGUCCUGUGCACGCUCGUCUUCCUCUGCCUCUCCUGCAACCCGUUGGCCGCCCUGCUGGGCAGCCGGGCCCUCCCCAGCCCCUCGGAUGCCGGCAGCACCUACCACCAUCCUGGCCGCAGCGUGCUGGGCACCGAGGGCAGAGACGGCCCUGGCUGGGCCCCGUGGCUGCUGACCCCACUGGUGUGGCUGCCCAACGGGCUGCUGGUGCUGGCCUGCUUGGCGCUUCUUUUUGUCUACGGAGAGCCGGUCACGCGGCCCCACUCAGGCCCCGCCGUGCACUUCUGGAGACAUCGCAAGCAGGCUGACCUGGACCUGGCCCGGGGGGACUUUGCCCAAGCUGCCCAGCAGCUGUGGCUGGCCCUGCGGGCCCUGGGCCGCCCGCUGCCCACCUCCCACCUGGACCUGGCCUGCAGCCUGCUCUGGAACCUCAUCCGCCACCUGCUGCAGCGUCUCUGGGUGGGCCGCUGGCUGGCAGGCCGGGCAGGGGGCCUGCAGAGGGACUGCACCCUGCGGGCGGACGCCCGCACCAGCGCCCGGGAUGCCGCGUUCGUCUACCACAAGCUGCACCAGCUGCACACCAUGGGGAAGUACACGGGAGGGCACCUUGCCGCUGCCAAUCUGGCACUGAGCGCCCUGAACCUGGCAGAAUGUGCGGGGGACGCCGUGUCCGUGGCCACGCUGGCCGAGAUCUAUGUGGCCGCCGCGCUGAGGGUCAAGACCAGUCUCCCGCGGGCCUUGCAUUUUCUGACACGCUUCUUCCUGAGUAGCGCCCGCCAGGCCUGCCUGGCACACAGCGGCUCGGUGCCUCUUGCCAUGCACUGGCUGUGCCACCCGGUGGGCCACCGUUUCUUCGUGGAUGGGGACUGGGCCGUGAGCAGCGCCCCGAGGGAAAGCCUGUACAGUUUGGCCGGCAACCCAGGUGCUCUCUCAGCGCCGUGCCCAUCCCCUGCUGCCCGACGUCCUUCGUGGCCCAUUCCCCUUCCUGUCCCGCAUCUCCGCUUGUCCCUGCAUCUCUGCUUGUCCCUGCAUCUCUCACCCAAAGGUUUCCCGCUCCCAUCGGUCCUAAGAGACCAAAAUGUCCCCUUCGAUGUGGGAGGCCUGUCGCUGUGGGAGGCCUGUUGCUGUGACCUCCAGGUGACCUGGAUUCCACCAAUUUCCGUGCCACACGGUUGGGCUGUUAUCAACCCUUAA